AUGCCACGAAUUACAUUUCCAUUCAAAAUUCAUCGUUCACGAUCAUAUACAUUGAAUGAUGAUUGUCAAAAGAAUAGUUGUAAACAUCAUCAAAAUGUAUUACGUAUUGGUGGUGAAUAUGUUCCAGUAUUUGAAAUUUUAAAUUUUGGUUCUGUAUCAGAUAAAGAAUUAUUAUACAUACGUAUUGCUAAACAAGGUCUUAUAAUAUCACAUAAACCAUCUGUCAAUCUAAGCUCAUUAGCUGGAUCAUUGGAUCGACCAAAAUCGGAAAUGCGUAAUUAUCAUGUGUUACCAGCGGCUUCAAAUCAUCAUCAUUUAUAUCUACAACGAUAUAAUACAUUACGUGGACCUUGCCAUCGUACCCGUUCUGAUCGUUGUCGUCUAAUUAAAUGGGAUCAAAUUUCUGGCAUACAAAUUUUGAAACCAAAAUCACUUAUUUUCAAACUUAAUCGUUUAGAAGACAACAACAUUGUAGAUGAUUGUGAUACUGAUGUUGUAGAUGAAUUACGAUUAUAUCGAUUUUGUUCACAUCGUAAUGAAAACAUUUCAUUAGCAUCAUUAUUACAUGAUUAUCGAUCCAAAAUAAAUGAUAAUGAUGACGAUGAACUAUUACGAUUCGAAUUUCUUAUCAAACAAGAUCUUGAAGCUAUGAUUGCAUUUGGCAUACAUCAUCAAUUAUUACAACCAGAUGAUGAUGGCCAUUGUGGUGUUAGAACUUUUGAUCAUAUCAAAAACACUAACAACACUAAUAAUAAAAAUGGUAAAAUUUUUUCCCGAUUAUUUCGUUGGAUUAAUCGUCAUAUGAUUGUUACAUUUAGAUCAUCUACAAAACAACAAUAACAACUGAUGAUGAUAAUCAAUCAAUCAAACAAUCAAUUAGCUUUAUAAAUAAGUUUCAUUC